CACAAAGGAGAGAUUUUGCCCGACUCCUAUCAUCUUUCCCUCUUGUAUCACAUAGGAUUCAUCUUCCGACUCCUCUUCAUUAGUGAUCAUGGAAGCUCCGUUCCAUCUCCCUUCCACAGCCUCUUCUCGCCGCCACCAGAUCCCAUCACUUCCGCAUCUCUCUGGAAGCUGGAGUCUCUCUAAUUCUCUUCCAUGAACAAAGUCUCUCUAAUUCCCGAUUCACUACAAUCCAAGUACCUUUGAUGGCUAAACUUUUGGGGAUUAUGAGCGAUUUUUGUUCCUCUUUCAAGCACACUGUAUUUGUGUGUGUACCUCUCCACACUCCUCUGUAUCUACAGGCCGGAAGAUCCCUUUUCUUCACCGGCCUUGAAGGAACCGCCCGCCUUUCAUCAAUUUUCUUGAAGAUCCCUUUGCUCUGAAUCUCGCCUCCAUUCAUUUCUUUGCGUUUGGUCCAAGAACAUGAAUGUGUUGAAUUCCAGUGCUACUUAGCGUUGAUUUAGCCUUGUUUCUGUGCGGAUCUGUGAGUUUCCUGUUCUGGGACCUCGAUCUGUGUUAAUAUGUGCUUCUGUAUCUGGUGAACACUGUGCAUGGUGAUCCAUUUGAGCAGUGGAACCAUUUCUCAUUCGUGUGAACACAAAUUGUGGAAGAUUCUGACUUCUUUCGGCAAUGAUAAGUUAGAAAGUGUUUGGAAAAUGGCGGACAUAGCAAAAUCUGGCAGGAGGGUUUCAGGGCAACAACAGAUCGCAGAUGGUGUGCGAGAUAAGACCAGAUUAUCCAAAGUUAUUGGGAGUCCCCAGUGUGAAGAAAUGCAUCAUGAAGUGCCUAAACGUGCAAUGAAUAAGAAUACGGUCCGGCCAAAGUCUUCUGAGUGUUACCAAAAACAGCGACCGGAUAACAAAGACGAGGAACUUGUGAAGCACAUGUCAAAUUUGCCUAAAUAUCUGCAGAGAACAGAAAUGGAGAAAAGUGUUCAAGCAAAAGCUUUGAGUUUUGGGGUUAUUGACUGGAACCAUCUAGAAAAAUGGAAAUACAGUGACCAUAUUUCAGCUAGAGACCACGAGAAAGGGUCAGCAUUGCCAUCUUCAGGGGGUGAUUUGUCAUGCCCCAGGCCGCCUAAAGCUUAUAGUUCAUUCCCUCAACAGAAACACAUGUGCCCACCAUUUCCUCAUGAACAAAAUCUUUCUGGACCCAUGAAGCACUCCCGAGGAAAGUCCAUGCCUGGUCAAGAGUUUUUUACAGCCCCGGUGAGCACAAAACCAGUAACUUCUAGGAGGAGAUCUUCCGAAGCAAACAUUAACAAAGACAGUAAGGUUUCUGAUGAUAAAUCCAAACCAGGGAAAGAUGAUAUGUUCUCUGACCAGUCAAAGAUUGACAGAAGAGAUGAUCAAAAUGGUAGAGAUAAGGUCAAAGCAGGCAUGCAGGUGAAUUGUGCUCCUAAGCCGCAAAACAUUGUCAUUCUAAUGCCAAAAGCAAAACAUUCUCAGAUUUCAGAAUCCCAAACUGCGUCAAAUGUGGACUCAACGGAGCCAGAAAAGAAAGGAUUUUCUCAAGAAUCUUGCUCAAGAGAACACUCCCCUAUUCCACCUUCUACUGAUAAACAGUCCAGUAUGAAGGAUUCUUUGGACUCCUCUGAGACAUCUGAGGGGAAGGGAAAAUAUCCAUCACCCACGAGACGAUUUAGCAUGAAUCUUGGCAUGGUGAGUAGGAGUUCAAGUUUUAAAGAGACUCCAACAGCUCCAAGAUUGCCGGACACACAUACUAUUCCCAAGUCUGGUCCAGUGAGUUCUGGGGUAGAAAGGUCAAAAGCUAACGGGAAAGGGAGAUCAAGUCCUUUGAGGAGAUUGUUAGACCCACUUUUGUUAAGGUCCUCCAAGGGGACUCAUACAGCUGAGACUAGCAAUGAGAAGUUAGAUUCUACAAGCAACAGGGAACACCCAUCAUCAUCAUCAUCAUCAUCUUCUGGGGCUCUUCUACAGCUUAGUAUAAAGGAUGGCCUCCCUUUCUUCAAAUUUGUUGUUGAUGGCAGCCAAGACAUUUUAGUUGCUGCUGUCAAACAGUUACCAAAAACUGGAAAGGGAGAUGGACGUUUGGUUUAUUCUAUCUAUACAGUUUCUGAGAUCAAAAAGAAGAAUGGAGGCUGGAUGGGCCACGGAUCAAAGGGCAGUGAGAAAUGUAGUGAGUUCGGAUAUAAUAUGAUUGGGCUUAUGAAGGUUUCCAGUUCUUAUGUCUUCAAAUCAGAUUUGAGAGAAUCCGUGUUGUACAGCGUGAAUCUUGGACAGGUGGUGGACAACAAACAAACUGCGUCAGAGUUUCUUCCGGACAGGGAGAUUGCAGCCAUUAUAGUUCCAAAAUCUGGCAGCAUUGUUGUCAUUCGUCCGGGUGGCGUUCAUGGGUUGCCCCAAAAAGGAACUCCAUCUUCACUGGUUGAAAGAUGGAAAUCUGGUGGGGUAUGUGACUGUGGUGGGUGGGAUGUUGGUUGCAAGUUACAGGUUCUCACUGAACAUGAGAAAGACUGCAAUAACCUUGCAUUGUUCCUCCAGGGAGGAGAGCAAGAGAGAAAGCUCAUCUUUAGCUUGGCCCCUUUGAGGAAGGGGCUCUACACAGUACAAUUUGACCCAUCAGUCCCUUUGGUAGAAGCAUUCUCCAUAUGUGUAACAAUCCUAACCGGUCAGAAAAAAGUAUGUGGAAUGUUGGAGGUGGCAGACCCUUCUGUUAGCUCCGGAGGUGUGAGGGAGGCCGAAGUGACAACUGCCGCCACAGUCCAAGGGGGUCAGGGAUCUGCAAAAUAUGCGCCUUCUCCGCCACCAUCCCCAGUUGCCAGGAUCUAGUGUUUUUUUGUUUAACUUUACGUAUCGUUCUUGCUUUUUUUUGAUAAAUGUAAAGCUCUUAGUAUGCUUGUUAGUGCAAUGGUUGGUUAUUCACUCACCCAUUGCUUAUGUGAGUAUAGAACCUCAAAAUGUGAAAUCGCCUACCGGUAAACAAGUAGCAUAAGUGGCCUG